CACAAGCAGCUACACCAACGCCCCUCCCCCCUCCCCCCUCCGCGCCGCGGAGGCAGAGCUGCCGCCAGCGCCGCGCGCCGCGUGGGCAGAAGGCCCGGAGGUGGAGCUCGAGGGCGGCCCCGCCGCGCGCUUCGGCCGCCCGGGUGGCGACGACGACGACUCGGAGGUCGCGGAGCUGGCGCGGCAGAUCCGGCGCGACAUGUUGGCCCGGCGACUCGCCGAGGAGGAGGGGGACGCCCCACCGGAGCCCGACGCGAGCGGGGCCCCCGCCGCGGACCCGGCCGGCCACCCGGGCCGGUGGGCGCUGCGGACGGAGGAGGCGCGGAGGUCCCUGGCCGCGCUGCAGGCCGGGCUGGACGAGGCGAGCGCGCGGGCGGAGGAGCAGCGCCGGCAGCUCGGGGAGUACGUGAGCGAGCUGCGGUCGCGGCCGUUCGCCGCGGAGGAGGCGCCGCCCGCUGAGCAGUCGCCGCCCGCGCCGGGCGCCACGCCGACCGCGCCGCCGGCGGCCGCUGGCGAGCCGGCGGAGGGCGGCGAGGCCCCGCAGCCGGAGGAGGAGCGGUUGGUCUCCAUGCCAGCCGACUUCGACGACGUCGUUGACCUCAACGCCCACCACGCUGCGCAGCGGCGGAGGCACCAGAGCCGCGGCGGACCCGCCGGCGCGGCGGGGGCGCUCCAGGUGGCCGAGGCGGCCGAAGCGGGCAGCAGCGCGACGCUCAACCUCCCCUCGUUCUUGGAGAAGUAUUUCUUCGAGGAGCAGGCGGUGGAGCAGCUGCCCCAUAUGCGGCUACGGCACGAGGAGGAGAAGCAAAAGGGCGGCACGGACUCCGCGCUGGAGCGGGGCCUCCGUCAGAUCGCGCGGUUGGACGGGCUGCUGGCGAAGCGGGAGGCCGACGCCCAGGCUCGCCUCGAGGUGGCGAAGGUCGACUUCGGCGCGGCUUGCGAGCGGCUGCAGCGGCAGCGCGAGGACGUGGAGCGCGACAAGAUCGAGAAGUUGCGGCGGCUCAAGGAGCGCGGGCUCAUCCCCAGCCGCGGGGCCUCCAGGGCCACAUCCGCGCAGGCGUCGGAGGCCGGCAGCCCCGCGUCGCGACGGGGCCUGCAGGUGGCAGUGCCCGCGCCCGGCGGGGAGCCCGCCGCGGACCCCAUGUGGAGCAGCUGGACCUGCAGCGGGGCCCCUGCGGAGGCGCCCGCGAGCGCGGAGCCCUCGCGGGGCGGCGGCUCCGCCGGCGCCGGCGGCGCGGACGAGGGCGGCGUGGAGGAGCCCGACACGUCCACGUUCAGCCUCACUUCCGUCGGGGGCGCGUUGCCGACAGAGCAGGCGCGCCGGCGGGAGGCGCCAGCGGCAGCCGCAGAACACCCCGCGCCCCGCGGUUCGGGUCUGGACGCGCGAGCGGGCGUGCAGUUGGCCAGGGUGGAAGAGGAGCCCCCGCCGGGUGCGGGCGAGGAUGCGGAGCUGGACCUCUGCGCAGCCCCGGCGGAGGACGACGACCCCUUCGAGCCAGACGAGGGCUCGUGGGAAAAGUUGCGCCGCAUCGACGAGCAGCUGCAGAAGCUGAUCCCGGAGCGCGACUGGGAGGCGAAGUCCAUCGCGUCCCUGCCGCCCCUCGGCAGCGAGCGCGGCGGGCGCUCCCGCUCGGCGUGGUCGCGGAGCGGCCUCGGCGGCCCCGCGCCUUCGGUGGCCGACGACGCGCUGCCGGGCGACCCAGCCCUGCGGCAGCAGAUGGAGCUGCGCAGCGCGGAGAUGGCGCUGCAGAGUAUCGACAGCAGGCUCGAGGAGCUGCGCUCGAACGAGGCGGCCUCGUCGGUGCUGGCGCUGCCCCCCGACCCCGAGCAGCUCCACAGGCUGCUGCUGCAGGCCCAAAUCGAGGCGGGCGCCUCGGACGAGGGCGGCGGGAUGUUGGCGCUGGACGCCCAGGCGGCGGGCGGCGCCGCCGCCGUCGCCGAGGGGGCGCAGCUGGCGCUGGUCGCGGGGCCGCCGAGGUCGCUGCCGGACAGCGCCCCGCUGCGGCAGGCCAGGACGCUCCUCGGGGUGUUGUCGGGCGCACAGGGCUCCGAGGCGGACGACGCAUUCCUGGAGGCGGAGUCGGCCCUGGCACUGUUGCAGCAUGACGCCGCCGAGCUGGAGGCCCCCAAGGAGGCGAUCCUGCCGCCAGAGGGGGAGCCGUUCGGCCCGGCAACCGACCUGGCCCCGCUUGCCGCCAGGCUGGAGGAGAUGGCGCGGGAGGCCCGCCACCUCUCGGAGGCAGAGGCGCCCGGGGAGGGGCUGCUGCCCAGGCUCCGCGAGGACCUGGAGCUGGAGGCGGCCGAAGAGGCCGCCAGGGCCCAGGCGCGCCUGCGGAGCCUGCCGACGCUGUCCUCCGCGACGGAGCCAGCAGAGGCAGACGACGAUGACGACCUGCUCUCGCUGGCGAGCGGCGUGGGCGACCCCGACGCCGUGGAUGACGACGGCGAAGGCGUGGCCGCAGCGCCCGCCGAGGCGCCGCCCGCGGCUGCCGCGCCCGGCUGGGCGCCCGCCGAGGCCAGCGGCCCCAGCGAGGCCCUCCGCGCAGCGCUCCAGAUCGAGCUCCCCGGCGGCGACGGCCUGUGGGACGACGCGGAGC